CUAUCCACCUCACGGUUGGAUCUAUAACCCAAUUUUUUUUAUUUACAAAAAGCAUCUAAUUGGCUUUUGUCGUUUAUGGUCUUCUUCAUAUUAUUAGUAAAGUCACUCAUAUUUGUCUCAUGCAAUUCAGUCCAAAUUGUUGUGCUUAUUUUAUUUAUUUAAGUAUAAACUGAAAACACAAAUAUUCAUCUCCAUCAUAUUCAUUAAUUCAUACUUGCGAUUUUGUUUUGGAGUUUCAGUUGCAGAGAAAAUGGCAACCAGGACAGUGGAUAUUCGGUCAGAUACUGUCACAAAGCCAACUGAAUCGAUGCGAGUUGCAAUGGCAAAUGCUGAUGUCGAUGAUGAUGUUCUUGGCCGUGACCCUUCUUGUUUUCGCUUAGAAAACGAGGUUGCGAAAAUAAUGGGGAAGGAAGCUGGUCUUUUUGUACCAUCGGGCACUAUGGGGAACCUCAUAUCUGUGCUUGUUCAUUGUGAUAUCAGAGGCAGUGAAGUUAUUCUUGGAGACAAUUCCCACAUCCAUAUUUAUGAGCUUGGUGGCAUUGCAACCAUUGGAGGAGUACAUCCACGAACAGUUAGAAACAAUGAAGAUGGAACCAUGGACGUCGAUUUGAUUGAAGCUGCUAUCAGAGAUCCAAAGGCCGAACUCGCUUAUCCAACCACAAGGCUCAUUUGUUUGGAAAAUUCUCAUGGAAACACUGGUGGUAGAUGCCUAUCAGUAGAAUAUAUAGAGAGAGUUGGUGAGGUUGCUAAGAAGCAUGGAUUGAAGCUUCACAUUGAUGGUGCCCGCAUAUUCAAUGCAUCAGUUGCACUUGGUGUUCCUACGGAUAAGCUUGUUCGAGCAGCUGAUUCAGUAUCAGUUUGCUUAUCUAAAGGUCUUGGUGCUCCAGUUGGAUCUGUAAUCGUUGGUUCCAAUAGCUUUAUAACCAAGGCUAGAAGGCUUAGAAAGACCUUAGGUGGUGGAAUGAGACAGGUUGGCGUCCUUUGUGCAGCUGCACUUGUUGCUUUACAAGAAAAUGUUGGAAAGCUAGAAAGUGAUCACAAGAAUGCCAGAUUUUUUGCUGAUGGAUUGAAUAAAAUUAAAGGACUGAAAGUGGAUAUUUCUUCUGUGGAAACCAAUAUGGUCUUUAUUGAGAUUGAAGAGAGUUCAGGAACUACAGCAGCAAAGAUAUGCAAGGACUUGGAAGACUAUGGCAUCCUUCUCUUGCCAAUUGGCUCAUCAAGAUUGAGAGUUGUGUUCCACCACCAAAUAUCUAAUAGCGAUGUGAAGUACGCUUUGUCGUGCUUUCAGCAAGCUGUUUCUGGAGGACUAAAUGAAAAUGGCAACUAGUGGAAGAAUUUCAAGUUUGUCAACUUGCUGAAAAAUAAAAGUAUCAUUUAUGUGAAUAAAUACCAUUCUGGAACAUUCCAAUGCCAAAUUUACAUCUUGAAUAAUGCAACUCUUUUGGCUUUAAUCUUUGUGUUGCCUCGUUUUUCUAUUAUUAUACAAAAACUCGUCUCCUUUCAUAAAAGUUAAUCUAAUCUCAGACACAAUUAUUUAUGUCUAA